AUGCGUCUUCUCGCCACACUCGUCCUGCUCCUCCCGCUCCUCGCCCCGGCCGCGCGCGCCGCGCCGCUGGAGAUCCUCGCCUUCGGCGAUUCCCUGGUGCACGGCUACGGCCUGCCGGCCGGCGAGCCCUUCCCGGCGCAGCUCGAGGCGCGGUUGAAGGCGGCGGGCUACGAGGAGGUCAGCGUGCUCAACGCCGGCAACUCCGGCGACACCACCGCGGCUGGCCUGGCGCGGCUGGACUGGGCGCUGGCCGAAGCGCCGGACGCCGCGAUCGUCGUGCUCGGCGCCAACGACGGCCUGCGCGGGAUCGAGCCCUCCAACACCUACGCGAACCUCGACGCCAUCCUCGCCGAGCUGGAGGCGCGCGGCAUUCCGGUGCUGCUGGCCGGCAUGCUGGCGCCGCGCAAUCUGGGCCAGGACUACGCCGAGGAGUUCGACAGCGUCUUCCCGCGCCUGGUCGAGCGCUACGACCCGGUCUACUACCCCUUCUUUCUGGAGGGCGUGGCGACGGUGCCGGCGCUGAACCAGGCCGACGGCAUCCAUCCCAACGCCGAGGGGGUGGCGGAGAUCGUCGAGCGCAUCCUGCCCAAGGUCGAGGCGCUGAUCGAGCGGGCCCGCGCGGACGAGGCGGUCCCCAUGCCCCAUGCGAUCACGGUGCGGUCGAGCGACCCCAGCGCGGCGGCGAUCCGGGCCUUGUGGCGCGAUGCCGCCGCCUUCGAGGCCACGCCCUCGAUGGCGCGGCUGGGCUAUGCGCCGCAUGUCACGCUCGGGGUCUACGCGACCGACGAGGGCGGGGCCCUGGCCGACUUCGUCGAGUCCGUGGCGCUGCCCGCCGGCGGAUUGCGGCUGCGCUUUGGCAAGCUGUCAUGGUUCGACGGCCCGCCCCUGGUGCUCUGGGCCGCGCCGGACGACGACGCCGAACUGCGCCGGCUCCACCGGGCCCUGCACGCGCGGCUCGACCCCGCGCACUGUCAUGCCCACUACCGGCCGGCGGCCUGGCUGCCCCACUGCACCCUGGCGAUGGCGGUCGGCGAAUCGCGGCGCGACGCGGCCUUGGCCUUCGCGGCCCGGCCGAGGGCGCCUUUCGAGGUGCUGUUCGACAGCGUGCUCUGCGGGGAUGACCCCUCCCGCUCCGCCGCGCGCGCGGGCUUACGCCUGCGGCGCCCACAGACGGGCCAGCUCCGCCUCCAACUCGGCGAUGCGGGCCUGCAGCGGCGCGACCAAGCCUUCCACCUCGGCCGGACUGAAGCGCGGCGUGAUGUGCUGCGGGCAGUUCCAGUCGAAGGCUUCGAUCCGGAUCAGCAGGCCGCGCUCCACCCGGGCGCGGUAGUCCGGCAGGGCGAGCGCGUCCAGCAGGGCGGUGUCGGCCGGGUCGACCGUCUCCGCGCGGCCCAGCACCUUCAGGCGGCGCCGGUUCGGGUAGUCCAUGAAGAACAGCGAGACGCGCGGGUCGCCCUGCAGGUUGCCGGCGCUGAUGUGCUGCCGGUUGCCGCGGAAGUCGGCGAAGCCCAGGGUGCCGGCGUCCAGCACCCGCACGAAGCCGGCGGGCCCGCCGCGGUGCUGCAGGUAGGGCCAGCCGGUCUCUCCGACCGUCGCCAUGUAGAGACUGUCGCGCGCCUGCACGAAGGCGGUCUCGACCGGCCCGAAGAGGUGGUUGGCCGGCUCGGCGUCCGCCUCCAGGCGGGCGUAGGCGGCGCGGCUGCCGUCCUCGGCCUGCAGGCGCUUGACGGUCUGGGUGAAGGCGAUCUCGGCGUAGCGGUGUCCCAUGACUCUCUCCCGGUGCGGUCUGCUCCGGCGGCGGAUGUGGAGGUCUUCGUCGCCGUCGCCGAAAGCGGCGGCUUCGCCAAGGCGGCGCGCGCCCUGCAGCUCUCGCCGCCGGCGAUCACCCGGGCGGUGGCGGGGCUGGAGGCGCGCCUGGGCGUGCGCCUGCUGAACCGGACCACGCGCAGCCUCAGCCUGACCGAGCCGGGGCGGCGUUUCCUGGCCUCGGCCCGCCGGCUGCUGGGCGAGCUGGAGGCGGCGGAGCGCGACGCCGCCGGCGAGGCGGCGCAGCCGCGCGGGCACCUCAGCGUCACCGCCUCGGCGACCUUCGGGCGGGCGGCCCUGACCCCGGUGGUGCUGGCGUUUCUUGCCGCCCACCCCCAGGUGCGGGUGUCCGCCCUGCUGGUCGACCGCGUGGUCAACCUGGUCGAGGAGGGGCUGGACCUGGCGGUGCGCAUCGGUCCGUUGCCGGACUCCAGCCUGAUCGCCCGUCGGCUCGGCGCGGUGCGGCGCCUGCUGGUCGCCAGCCCCGGCUACCUGGCGGCCCACGGCCGGCCGGACACGCCGGCCGACCUGGCGCGGCACAGCCUGAUCGGCUUUACCGGCCUGAUGCCCAACCAGCGCUGGCACUAUCAGGCGGCGAGCCGGCCGCAGCAGGUCGCCGUGGUGCCGCGUUUCGAGGUGAACGACGCGCUGGCGGCCCUCGCCGCCGCAGAGCAGGGCCAGGGGAUCACGCUGGGCCUGUCCUACAUGUUGGCCGAGCCGAUCCGCGCCGGCCGGCUGGUGCCGGUGCUGGAGCCCUUCGCCCCGCCGCCGGUCCCGGUGCACCUGGUCUACCCCCAGAGCGGCCUGGUGGCGCCCAAGCUGCGUGCCUUCGUCGACUUCGCCGCGCCCCGGCUGCAGGCCGAUGGGCGGCGGCGCAGUGCCGAGAUCGAGCGCCAGCAAGUGGAGGAUGUAGACCAGCCCCAGCAGCAGCGCCGCGCUGCGGCCGAGAUCGUCGGCCGGGCGGAGCGUCGGCAGCGCGUCGAGCGCCCGGGCCAGCAGCACGGCGAAGGCGACCGCCAGCAGCGGCAGCAGCGGCAGCAGCGGCAGGUGCAGGGCCGCCAGCGGCGUCGGCAAGGCCGGGGCGAGGAAAAGCGCCGCCCCGGCGAACGGCGGCAGCGGCCCGUACAGCAGCGCGGCGGUCCGCCAGACCCGCAGCCCGAGCAGGGCGAGGCCGGAGAGCCCGGCGGUGAGGGUGACGGCGUUGACCCGCACGAAGUCGGCCAGCGCGGCGGGCGCGCCGGCCGGCCAGCGCAGGGCGAAGUCGAGGUCGAGGACCUGUCCGCGCAGCAGAAGGCCGAGCGGGAUCGCCGCCAGCGCCGCCACCGUGAAGGCCCCCAGGGCCGGCCGGC